UCAAAUUCCCAAAUUUUGGAUUCUAGAGGGGAUGAAGUCAGGAUAAGAACCAACAGAGUCCAGAAAGAGGCAAAGCACCGUGGGUGGGAGCACAACCUAGGCAGUGCAGUAGAGUGGUGCAUGUCGCUUUUUUGCCUUCCCAUCGGCGGUAGCAUUGGCAUCUGAGCUUACCGGCCGGGGGCUAGAAACCGCAUGCCUGAUGAAAAGACAAUCGUGGUGUCCGAUGCCCGAUGUGCUUGUGGGAAGGGCGUCUCUCUUUUGCUUGUUCUGGCGUGCGGUUUCCACGAGACCUUACUCAACAGGGCCUGCAAAGUGCUUGUCGCGCUGGGGAUGGCUGUAAAGAUCCCAGCAGUCUUGCGAGUCGAAGUCGCCUCCCCCUCAUCUGUCUAUCCAAACGACCGGGAGAGGGCGCGGCAACAUGUCUCUUUUCUUUGCUUGUGUCUGCGGGCGCCACGCUCUACAAGGACUGAAUGGGGUCUGCAUGAGCAGCUGCUGUGGCUUCGCGACCCGACAGUAGCCUUGCGGCCCUUGCCUCUUGGCUCCGAGCCCAGGCUCUUGGGGGUGGAAUCGCGGAUGGUCGCUAGCGAUGCUUUGCGAGGGAGGGCCAAGGCCAGCUGGGCGGGCGGGACAAGACAGCGCGAGAUUGGCAUGCCCUGCCAUAGAUCGACCGACCUUUUGUUACAGCGUGUAAACAGCAGCAGCCAGCUGCGCGCCUGGACGGUCGACACGGGUGCAACCCUAGGUACAAGUAAAAGGUCUCAUCAUAAUGCCAGUACUUCGCGAUGCUGUGGAGCGGGAUUCGUGCCUGUCGACAGCCGAACCGUUGGUAGGCGGACCAUAUCCAGCUAAAGCCGCCGCCGCGUAAAGGUGGGGCCUAGCAUGGUACAGACCAAGUACAGUACUGUACACGAUGUUGACGCGAGAGACUGCGCGAGGAUGGAUCUGAAGGACACUCACUCCAAAGGUAUUUGCGAGCAUAUCCUCUCGAUCGUGGGCCUGCAGGCGAGAUUUUCUCGGAUUCAAAGAGGCACGGCAUUCGCUGUACUGGCCCCGGCCAGUCAGCCAGUCGAGCUCCAUGUCCCUGGGUAAACUCAGCGUGAGCUCAAGGCGCCCACACGAUUCAACCGAGGGCGACGAUUCUUGCCUUGUACAGGCAGCCAGCCGGUUGCGUGCUCAUCGUUAGCUGACUGAUUAAUUGACCGACUGACAUGCUCGAUUGUGGCCUCGUCGCAACAAGUGAAAGUGACAUGUUGUAGUUGCAUUC